AUGUCUCGCCACGUGCGUCAGGAGCUUUCCAACCCAGGGGAUUAUGCCUUAAAGAAGAUCAAGAUUCAUCCACCGGCGUCAGCAGCAAAAACCAUUUUGCACGUGUCCGGUAUUUUGUCCCCUUUCAAAUCUUAUUCCAUGUCUCUGCGCAUCUCAUUCGGUCACUUUCAUCAGGACACAGAAACGUUUCCAGCACGCGCGGUCAUUUGGCAAAAACGCGCUCACGUUGCACACGACGAGCAGCGACACAAUUCAAUCGACCUCAAUCAUCUAACAGUCCACACUCGCAUGAAGCUGAAUCUUCCUAGUCUUCCGAGUCCGGGAGGCGCUGGGUGGUCCGUGGCGCUCGCUCUUGCACUCGCCCUCCAAGUGGUAAUUUAUCGCGAGACGCUGCGAGAUGCUAUGCGUGACGGUGGCAAGCGCCUACUGGUGUACAAGACCAUGCACCGCCGCUUUGCAAACCAGCGGCUAAAGCGCCUCAACAGCCUUGGUGAUGAUCGCAAGUCCCAGUGGAUGUGGAAGAAAUCGCCGCAAGGUGACACCGUAUCCAUUGACAGUGACAGCAGCGAAGAGAGCGCCGACGGUACUGGCAGCACGGACGGCCUCAUCUCGUCGCAGAAGAAGCUCGUGCUCGUAAUGGUGGGUCUACCAGCGCGCGGCAAGAGCUUCGUGGUUCACAAGACACUUCGCUACAUCGAGUGGCUGGGCUUCCCCACGCGCAUGUUCAAUGUUGGCAACCUACGCCGCAAAUUGGGCAAAGCUGGCGAGAACGCCAACUUCUUCAGCGCUGACAACUCAGAUGCCACACGUCUGCGCGAAGAGAUGGCGAUGGACGCUUUGGACGACCUGCUCGAAUGGCUCGAUACCCAGGGACACGUCGCGGUUUUCGACGCGACCAACACGACGAAGCUACGCAGACAACAUAUUCUUGAGAAGGUCAGCUCGCACCGCAACGUCCGCGUCAUGUUUGUGGAGAGCAUUUGCGACAAUGAAGCGUUACUCGAAGCCAACUACCGUCGAAAGCUCUUAAACGCCGAUUAUAAGGAUAAGGAUCCCGAGGUAGCACUUGCAGAUUUCAGACAGCGUGUGCACGAGUACCAGAAGGUCUACGAGACCGUGGAGGACACGGAGGAUGGCGACAAUGCGUGCUAUGUAAAGGUCUAUAACGCCGGCGAGAAGAUCCAAGCACGGUACUGUCAGGGUUUCCUGCAGAGUCACAUCGUGUCGCUCCUGCAGAAUAUUCACCUCUGUCCUCACCGCAUCUGGCUGGUACGUCCUGGUCCGAGCAUUACCAGCUGCCAGGGCAUUCUUGGUCUGGACACGGAGCUAGCGCCAGAGGGCCAUCGGGUGGCACGUGCCAUUGCACGUUUCGUCGAGAAUCUGCAGCUCGAACGCCCCAUGGAAGUGUGGACGAGUCCUAUGAAGCGUUCGAGAGAAACGGCAAACUACCUGCCCACCCGCAACUUGAAGCGCUACGUGACCACAACGUUGCUCAACGAGCUCGGAGGUGGUGAUUUUGAAGGCCUCACGUACGAUGAAAUCGAGCGCUUCUACCCAAAGCACUAUGCGGCUCGACUGCAGGACAAGCUUCGAUAUCGCUACCCAGGCGUGGGCGGCGAGAGCUAUGUGGAUGUCAUCUCACGUCUUCGCUCGCUGAUCGUGGAGUUUGAGCGCAAGAAGCGCGACGUGCUGGUGAUCUGCAGUGAAUCCAUUCUACGCUGUCUUAUGGGAUAUUUUGCCGGCUGUGAGGCGGCCAAGGUUCCGCAUCUGCAGUCCUACGAGGACACGGUCAUUGAGCUGAGCCCGCACCGGGACGGCUGCGACAUCAAGCUCAUUCCGCUCGAGUUUGAGGAUUCCGAAGAGGAUGUCACCACUGUGCAAUAA